GGUGGCAACCGUGCCACCCUCCCCAGGGGGGGGGGACCAUGGCUACGGACGAGCCCGAAGGGGCAGCAAGGCUGUUGAGCAACUUGCAUUUCAAGGACGAAGGCACCGAACCAAAAGACAAGGAUCCUAAAACCAGAACUAUUAGCGAUGUCAAGACGAGUGACGAGGAGGAGAAAGAGGACAGAGCUGCCCAGUCACUGUUAAACAAGCUGAUCCACAGCAACCUCGUCGACAGCGCAAUCCAGGUGGACAUACUACAGCGCGAUCCCAAGUCCCCCCUCUUUUCCGUGAAAUCCUUUGAAGAGCUGCAACUGAAGCCCCAGCUUCUGCAGGGAGUCUACGCGAUGGGCUUCAACCGACCUUCUAAGAUCCAAGAGAACGCGCUGCCCAUAAUGCUCUCAGAACCUCCACAAAACCUGAUUGCACAGUCUCAGUCUGGUACUGGUAAAACAGCAGCCUUUGUCUUGGCUAUGCUUAGCCAGGUGGAACCCUUGGACAGGUUCCCACAGUGUCUGUGCCUUUCUCCCACGUACGAGCUGGUUCUCCAGACAGGGAAGGUCAUCGAACAGAUGAGCAGGUUCUCUCCUGAACUCAAGCUUGCCUAUGCCACCCGAAGCAAUAAAUUGGCGAGAGGGCAGAAAAUCAAAGAGAAUAUUGUGAUUGGGACUCCUGGGACAGUCCUGGACUGGUGCUCCAAGCUGAAGUUUAUCGACCCCAAGAAGAUUAAAGUGUUCGUCCUGGACGAGGCCGAUGUGAUGAUCGCCACCCAAGGCCACCAAGAUCAGAGCAUCCGCAUCCAGCGAAUGCUCCCCAGGGACUGCCAGAUGCUGCUCUUCUCCGCGACCUUCGAACCUUCAGUGUGGAGGUUCGCCCAGAAAGUGGUCCCCAACCCGAACAUCAUCAGACUGAGGCGGGAAGACGAGACCCUGGACACCAUCAAGCAGUGUUACAUGCUCUGCCGAAGUCGGGAAGAGAAGUUCCGGGCGCUCUGUAAUCUCUACGGGGCCAUCACCAUUGCACAAGCCAUGAUCUUCUGCCAAACCCGGAAAACGGCUAGUUGGCUGGCGGGAGAGCUAUCGAGGGAAGGACAUCAGGUGGCACUUUUGAGUGGCGAGAUGGUGGUGGAGCAGAGAGCCGCGGUGAUCCAGCGUUUCCGAGUGGGCAAAGAUAAAGUGUUGGUGACCACCAAUGUCUGUGCCAGAGGAAUCGACAUUGAGCAGGUGUCGGUGGUGGUCAACUUUGAUCUCCCGGUGGACAAGGACGGGAAUCCAGAUAACGAGACGUACCUUCACCGGAUCGGGCGCACUGGGCGCUUCGGCAAGCGGGGCCUGGCGGUGAACUUGAUCGACAGCAAGCACAGCAUGAACAUCCUAAACCGCAUCCAGGAACAUUUCAAUAAGAGAAUAUAUCGACUGGAUACAGAUGAUUUGGAUGAGAUUGAAAAAAUAACCAACUGAAAAGCAACGACUGGACCGGUUUUAUCCCUUCUCCGGGGGCGUUUCUUGUGCAACGGUCGGGCUGGUUGGUGUUCAGGUUGACGCAGGUCACGGAGGGGAUUAUGAUGUAAAUGCCCAGAAAUGACCUCAUUUGAAAUUGUGGUUGGGCUUCAAAUGGCCAAUAACAGGGAAGUGGAAAGAGAAAAUGUUUACAUUUAUAAGAUGUUAAGGUUUCUUAGUCUAGUCUUAGGAUUGAAAAACAUUUUUCAAAACAGGCCAAAAAAUUCCCAUUUGCUUAACUUCUGAAAGCAAUAAACAAUGGAUUUGUUAAUUCACUAAGACAGGGCUUCCUUUCUGUCUCUAAACAUCAAGUCCAAAUGGAGCAACUGGGUUG